AUGCCACCUCCCCCACCCGAGCCCUCCCCAUCCGCUGCAGAAGUGGCGGUGGAUGCUGCACGACCUGUGGCAGUCGCAGUGGCAGCAGGAGUGGCAAGCGAGGUGUUACUGGGGACCCCAUAUGGGAUUGUGGCACGCACUCCCACAAUCCCACCUCCCCAUGGUGGCGUUGAGUUGAUGGUGGCAGCAGAGGGAUGCUGCAUGCACUCCCCAAAGCCCACCCUCCUUCCUCCUAUCUCCCCUCAGCUGCUUCUACCAGCCACCUCCCCAUGGUGGCAUGGCGUGGAGGGAGCGCGACUCAGGACGACACCUUUCCCUUCUUUCGCCAUCUCCCGGCAUAAAGUCCGCCCGCUAUCACCCAAUUCCCCCUCCAUUCCCCACUCCCCCUCCUCUCCCCGCUCACAUCUCUCCCCCCCCUUCCUCCCCACCCUCCACCACCCCAACCCUCACCACACCCUCGCUCCCCUCGUUCCCCCGUACUCCCUCCCCCCUCUCCUCGUUGGUGGCAGAGGGAGGCACAGCAGCACCAGCCUUACCUUCCCUUUCCUUGCCCCAACUCCUCCCGAUUUCUUUUGGGGGGGGGGAGGGAGAGGGGGGGGGAGAGGCUUUUGGGUGCUUCUAGAAGUCGCCCCGAAUGUAUUGCACGGCGUGCAGGGAAGUGAGGCUGCUAGGGAGGUCAUUGACCCGGAGGUGAAGGUGCAUCUCGAUACGCUUGGUGGACUCUUUCACCGUUUUUUUGUCCGGCCUUCUGCUGCCCGCCACGCCCUCACAUUCUGCCAUCCAGUCAUAGCGUUUGACGGUACCCACCUCAUCAGCGCGCAGAAGGCAGUGCUCCUGGUCGCCGUUACGCUAGAUGGGAACCAGAAAGUCCUGCUGCUGGCAUGGGGCUUGGUGGAGUCGGAGAACAAAGAAUCCUGGACAUGGUUUUUGAAGCACUUCAUCGAUGGGUUUCCUGAGUGGACGCAGCGGAAGCACGCCUCCAUCAUCAGCGACAGAGAUAAGGGUUUGGUUCCAGCAGCUCGACAGGUGAUGCCCAGUCACAUCCCUCACUACUUCUGCGCAUGGCAUCUCGAGCAGAAUCUGAGGCGAUUCAAAGCAAAGGCGCAGAAGUACUUCUGGAGGUUGGUGAAGUGCCGGAGCAUGAUAAAGUGGAUCGCCCUGGUUCUGGCGUGCAGAUACGUCUUCCCGGAGAUGGCACUGUAUCUUUUUGGCCCCGAGGAACCACCCGCACAGAGCGUACCCCCACCUGCUGACCCUCAGCCCCCCCCACAGGAGCGGUCAACGUAUGAAGGCGCGCGAGCAUACGUUUUUGCUGCUGGCCGUCAGGGACGACGGGAGGCCCGAAACGCCCGCCACGGUGGCGCAGGGGGUGGGACCCGGGGCCACAAUCAGCCGCAAGGUGGCAUGGGCGUCCCCGGUGUCGGCACCGCCCGGUUCAACCGGGCUGGUGGCGGUCUGGCAGGGAGGGGUGGCAUCAACGCUCCCAAUGCACAGGUCUUUGGGCGAACCUUUCGAGGCGGGGCCGGCAGCAGGGGAGUUCAAGGUGCCUCGGAGAGUGAUUCGUCAGGGGAUGAUGCUCCCGGAUUUACAGGUGGGGGAGUACGUGAACGGGGCACGCCUGGCACGGGAGCUUUCCAGUUCGGGGGGGCAGGACUGGGUGUCGGAAGUGGGACAGGUUUCGGGAUGUUUGGGCCAAAUGGCAGCAGGGGCUUUGGCUAUGGCCAGAGGGACGGGGGAUCAGGGUCUGCUGCAGCGCGACCACGAUUCGGUAUGGAGAGUGGUCAGGGUGUCGGUGGGAGUGGCAGCGCGCAUGGUGGAGGUUUUGGUCGCGCGUCUGCAGGGGGUGGGAUGCCAGUUUCUGGCGGACAUGGCGAUGGGGAGAACGACCUAGGAGGAACCUGGGAUGACGGCCCGGGCACCGGCGGAUUUGGGUUGGGAACGCAGGAGAGUAUGGCUGGGGUGGGAGGGGUGUCUAUGGGAAUGGGAACCAGAGUCGGUGUCGGGGGGUUCGGCAUGGGAUCGGGAGGCGCCGGUGGAUUGGGUAUUGGAACAGGGCCGAGACAUGUGGGCCGUGGGACAGGAUCGUUUGAACAAGGGGGAGGGGUGGGCUCGGGGGUGGGGACCGGGGAAGGCAUGGGGGGCUUUGGCUUGGGCAUGGGACCUAGAGGAGGAAUGGGAGGGGUGGGCUUGGGUGCAGGGAGUGCCGCCAGGUUUGUAGGUGUUGGCCGUGGGGUGUUGGCCGUGGGGUGGGAUCCGGAGGAGGAGUGGGAGGGGUGGGCUCGGGGGUGGGGACCGGGGAAGGCAUGGGGCUUUGGCUUGGGCAUGGGAUCUGGAGGAGGAAUGGGAGGGGUGGGCUUGGGUGCAGGGAGUGCCGCCAGGUUUGUAGGUGUUGGCCGUGGGGUGGGAUCUGGAGGAGUGGGAGGUGUGGGCGUGGGUGCGGGGACUGCACAAGGUAUGGGGGGCUUACACCUGGGGUUAGGAUCAGGGGCAGGAGUGGGAGGGGUGGGCGUGGGUGCAGAGUGUGCCGCCAGGUUUGUAGGGGCAGGAGUGGGAGGGGUGGGCGUGCGGGUGGGGACUGCGGAAGGCGGCGGGACUAGCCUUGGAACGGGACCUGAGGGAGUAGGAAUGGGGCCUGGCAUGGGCCCAGGGUUCACGAGUGGCACAGGGAGAGGCUUUCGUUAUGGCAACGUGGGCAUGGGCCAUGGAAGCGGGCAACGUACACAAGACGGGCGUGCCGGAGACGGUGGUGGUGGUGGAUCACCGAUGGUGGGUGUGGCACCGUCCGGAGGAAUUCCCAUCGCACCAGGUGCCACAAGAGCGGGUGGACCGUUCAACCUGGGUGCAAUUUACAGGAGAGCACAGGAGGGUUACAACGCCGAUGCAAUCAUUAACGAAGUAGCUGCCCAACCGCAUACCACCGAUCAGAACAGUUGGCGACAUUCGGCGUUGGAUGUCGACGAUAACUUGCACGCUGGCCUCACUGAGAUCCUUGCACUGCCAUGGCCGGAUACGGGACCACAUGGCGACGCCCUUCAUGAUGGGGAGGACGAACCGGGGUACGAGGAUGACGAGGAUGUGCCCGGCGAAGGGCGUGGAGUUGGAACUGGUGCAGGGCAUGGAGCGGGAGCUGCCGCGGGGCAUGGGGCAGAAGCUGACGCAGGGGUUGGAGCUGGGAUUCCUCCUGUCAGCGGAGUUGGGACACCUGGUGAGACUUGGGAUGGGCUUGGUGCUGGGAGAGGUGGGGGGCGAGGAGCGGGGAGAGGUGCUGGGCGAGGUGGUAGGCGAGGAGCGGGGAGAGGUGCUGGGCGAGGUGGUAGGCGAGGAGCGGGGAGAGGUGCUGGGCGAGGUGGUAGGCGAGGUGCUGGGAGAGGUGCUGGGAGAGGUGCUAGGAGAGGUGCUGGGAGAGGUGCUGGGAGAGGUGUGGGGCGUGGUGCUGCUGUGAGUGGUGCUGGGAGUGGUGCUCCCGAGAGUGGUGCCGGGCGUGGUGCUGCUGUGAGUGGUGCUGCUGCGAGUAGGGCUGCUGGGCAUGGUGCUGGGAGUGGUCCUGCUGGGCAUGGUGCUGGGAGUGGCCUUGCUGGGCAGGGCGCUGGGAGUGGUGCUGCUGGACAGGGCGCUGGGAGUGGUGCUGCUGGACCGGGCGCUGGGAGUGGUGCUGCUGGACCGGGCGCUGGGAGUGGUGCUGCUAGACCGGGCGCUGGUAGUGGUGCUGCUGGACCGGGCACUGGGAGUGGUGCUGCUGGACCGGGCGCUGGGAGUGGUGCUGCUGGACCGGGCGCUGGGAGUGGUGCUGCUGGACAGGGCGCUGGGAGUGGUGUUGCUGGACCGGGCGCUGGGAGUGGUGCUGCUGGACCGGGCGCUGGGAGUGGUGCUGCUGGACCGGGCGCUGGGAGUGGUGCUGCUGGACCGGGCGCUGGGAGUGGUGCUGCUGGACCGGGCGCUGGGAGUGGUGCUGCUGGACCGGGCGCUGGGAGUGGUGCUGCUGGACCGGGCGCUGGGAGUGGUGCUGCUGGACCAGGCGCUGGGAGUGGUGCUGCAGGGCACAGUGCAUGGGAGUAG